GUCAAACUAGUGAGUAGAGAAGCAUAUCUGAAAAUCAUUCACCAUGUUUCGGAGGAGAUUUGAUUGCCGAAGUAGUUCAGGCCUGCUGACUACGACUCCUCAAACUCCAAUUAAAAUGGAAAACUUCCAUAAUUUCUAUACAAUUACAACUAAAGAGCUUGGAAGGGGAAAAUUUGCCGUGGUUAGACAGUGUAUAUCAAAAUCUACUGGCCAAGAAUAUGCUGCAAAAUGUCUAAAAAAGAGAAGAAGAGGUCAAGAUUGUCGAGCAGAGAUUCUGCAUGAGAUCGCUGUGCUGGAAUUGGCCAAGUCUUGUCCUCAUGUGAUUAAUCUUCAUGAGGUCUAUGAAAAUACAAGCGAUAUCAUUUUGAUACUGGAAUAUGCUGCAGGUGGAGAAAUUUUCAACUUGUGUUUGCCCGAACUGGCUGAAAUGGUCUCUGAAAAUGACGUUAUCAGACUUAUGAAACAAAUACUUGAAGGAGUUUAUUACCUACAUCAGAAUAACAUUGUACACCUUGAUUUAAAGCCACAGAAUAUAUUAUUGAGCAGUAUAUACCCACUUGGGGAUAUAAAAAUUGUGGAUUUUGGAAUGUCGCGAAAAAUUGGGAAUUCAUGCGAGCUGCGGGAAAUCAUGGGAACACCAGAAUACUUAGCUCCAGAAGUACUGAACUUUGAGCCUAUUACCACAGCAACAGAUAUGUGGAACAUUGGCAUAAUCGCAUAUAUGUUGUUAACUCAUACUUCACCAUUUGUGGGGGAAGAUCACCAACAAACCUAUCUUAAUAUUUCUCAAGUUAAUGUAGAUUAUUCAGAAGAAACAUUUUCAUCAGUCUCACAGCUGGCCAUAGAGUUUAUCCAGAGCCUUCUAGUAAAAGAUCCAGAGCAAAGACCAUCAGCGGAAACCUGCCUUUCUCAUUCUUGGCUACAGCAGUGGGACUUCAGAAGUUUGUUUCACCCUGAAGAAACUUCCAGUGCCUCUCAAAUUCAAGAUUUUACCGUGAGGUCCUCUGAAGACAAGUGUUGUAAAUCUUCUUGUAAUGGGAGCUGUGGUGACCGGGAAGACAAGGAGAAUAUCCCAGAGGACAGCAGCAUGGUUUCAAAAAGGUUUCGCUUUGAUGACUCUCUGCCUAGCCCUCAUGAACUGGUUUCAGAUCUGCUCUGUUAGCACUUUCUCUCUUUAACUUGUUUGGACUGACUGAAAUUUGUCAUCUACUCCAGGAUGUGAUUGUAUUUUUUAGCUUUCUAUAUGUUUAUGUUAUACAAACGCACUUUUGCAUAGAGGAGUUUAGGGAAGUGUUUUAAUGCUAAAUUUAUAGUUGCUCACAUGUCAUUCCUCUCCUAAAAUGGUUCAACAGAGCAGGAAAUAUUUAAAUAUAUGACAAAAAUAAAUGACACAUUUGAGUUCACAUGUUAAUGAAAGAAUUCAAGUUCAGAUGAACUUAUAAAAAUGCUUGACAUAUCAGGGAAAAAAAUGGCAGGUUUUGUUGUGGCUGGUAUAAAAUGGAGACAUGAAGAUUUACUGGCUUCCAAGUUGAAUCCUUUGCCAUGACUCUCUUGAUACACUGUGUUUAGGAAAAUGGUGUCAGAUUCUAAACAAAAUACAUACUAAGUUUGUAGGUCCUUCAGGGCAGCUUAUAAUUGAAAUUAUUUUCCAAUUGCAACUAUUUUCAAACUGCAUAAGAUUUGUUUUAUAUGGCAUGCUCUGUAGAAUGAAGAGGAAGCUAGGCCAAGGAUAGUCUCUGAAGUCAGAGAAAAGAAUAGUAUCUUCAUCUUUUAACACAAAUGUCUUUUGCCCACUCAUCAUACUCAACUCUAAUAACAUCUGGAAGAUUGAAACUGCCUCAUAUACAAGUAUUGAGGUUCAUUAUUUUUUAGCUAAGAUGGACAGGACAGACUGCCUUUUUACUCAAUAAAAAAUAUUUAUUGAAUGUAGCAGAAAAUGGUGACAGAGUCAGGCAGCUUACUAAAUCUUAGAUACCUUCCAAGUCUCAGAAUAUAAGCCUUCAUUGAGAAUUCUUAAAAGUAUGAAUUUAAAAAACAAACAAACAAAAAACCACAGCUCUAAUAGGCCUGAUACACAAUGCCAGAGUCAGCAGUAGCAGCAGCAUAAAGUAGGACAUGAAGCUCUUCUAAAACUCUUGUGUGCAAUUCCCAGCAAGGAGCCUCCCCACAAGGCCACCUGCAGAGUGGCCUGUAAACAUGGUCUUCUGUUGGGAGUCAUUCAAGUAAGGGUCUGGGGAGAUCACCAUGGUUGAUUGGUGGCUGGUGACUAAUUAUGGGGGGAGUAUUAUGGAGGAUUUGUUUGUGGGUCAUCUUCAAUGGGUUUCUAUUUAGUGCUUAAUCUCAUGACAUGUCACUAGAUCAGACUAUAUGUUGACAAAACAAAAGCAUAUUUCCUCCAAUGAAUCAAAAAAUACUUAAAAGACCUUUAUAUUCUUAAAUUCUUAAAUCCAAAUUCUUUAUAUAACUUUUUAAAAAUAUUCAUCAGGUGACUAUAUUUGAUUGAAUUUCAAGUUCCUUUAAGUCUUUGGCAUUUUCAGUGGAAAAGUUGAUUGUACUUUGUGUUUAUGUAAAUGUGUAUAUGUAUAGGUAUAUGUAUAUAUGUAUAGAUAAAUUACAAUCUUUAAACAACUUGCGGUUCUUUGGUCUAGAAUACUGUGUUCAACUCAGGUGCCAAAGGAGCUCUUUUCUAAUGAAAAGUAAAUAAUAAAUAAUAAACAAAUUCUUUAGGAAGUCAUUUGUUGGUCCAUUGAAACUAUAGACACUAUAGAUACUGUUUUAAAUUGGUUGAUUGUCCAUUUAUUUGUCUCCUGGAUUAAGACAGUCCAAGUGUAGUUUAGGCAUUGGAGAGUCUUUCCCGAAAGACCAUAAUAUAUUUUUUAAGUUUUCAGAUGAAUUAUACCAGACCAACCAAAAACUAGAAAUGAAGAAAUAUUUGAAUUUUGAAUUAAAAACCAUGUCGUAAAAAAUCAUUUUAGACCAGUUUUCUUUUUCUAUGAGGAAUCUUAAAAUGGUGUAAAUGUUUCCCCUUUAAUUUAUAGAGUACAGAGUAGUAAACCUCUAUACUUUUGCUCCUAACAUAAAGUUUUUAUUGUAAAAUAGCAACUAAUAGUUGCAUAGAAAAUAUAGAAACUGCCUUUGGAUAAAGGUGAAUUUAAAUACUUUGACUUAUUAAAAUGUGGAAAUAAAUGAAUUCAUGAGAAUUCAUUAGCAAAGAUUCAUUAGUAAGAGAUUAUUCUUAUUCUUUCUUUUUUUUUCUCCCAACCUUGAAAAGAAAAUCAAUCAAAAACAAAUGAUAUGUCUCUAGGGCACAAUGAAACACUUGUGAAGAGAACUUACAAUAGGGAUAGUUUGUGAAAUUGAAUUUGCCUUUUGAGUAGGAUCCCUGUAUAGAUGAGACUUAAAAAUAUAUGAUGUGUAGAUAAAAACACAACUGUCAUUUUAAUUCUUUUUCCUCCUUCAAAUUUACUUAACUCUGAGUAAUAAAAUAAUGCUGACAUUUUAAACAAAGCAAGGAGUGCCUCUCCUCUAGUCUGUGAACUGAUAAGGUGAUUGUACCAGAACUUGAGUCAACAGUCUUGUUCUUAGUAUGAAAGAAAGUCAACUAAACCAGGAUGAUAGGAGAUGUUGCUGACCUUCAUCUUUCACUUUGAUAGAUUGCAAAUAGUUCAUGGGCUAUACUUUGAAUAGUUUUGCUCUAAGCAGCAUUAAUAGGUAUUGAUACUUUAUAACUUUCCAUUUCCUGUUUGUUUUUGAAUUUUUGCUUUGAUAUCUGACUUGGUAACUUGUCCUUAUUGUGUAAACAAUUGUGCUUUCAUUUCAAGUUAUAUAAAAAUAAUUUGACUUCCAAUUUGGGAGAAUGUUACCAACUUAAAAUUUUAUGAAAGUAUUUUAAAGAAGGAUAAUUGUAUAUCUCACAUAAAUGACAACUGCUCAGUCAUCUAAAUUUCCAUUAAAUAAUCAUGUUGCUUGUGGACAUAUAGACAGAUAUAAUAUUCCAGGUUUUAAAACCUAGAAAACUGUUUAUUAGCAACUUAACGAUCCUUUUCGCUAAAAUUAAAAAGCACUUUGUUUUUUACAUU